CUGGGCAGUUAACAUAAGUGGCUAAACAACUGGGCGUGAAUUGAUUUCUAGGCCCAAGUUACCCAACAUCACAAUUAAGUCCGGGCAGUUAGAAUUCUGGGUCCUGGACGGGAAUCACGGGAUCUGUUAUCUGGUUCCUGAUCAGGUGUCAGACCAUCUGGAUCGAAGAGAGUCAUAUCUCAUAUGUUCAUAAUACAAUUCUCCGAAAUCCCAUCCAAGCUAUGUAAUCUGUGAUCUUAUAAUACGCUGUCACCGUCAACUAUCGGGUAAUGUAUCCGAGUCUGAGAAAUACCCUCUACUGCUAUGUAUCAUUGUAACUCGCUUUCUACUGUCAAUGAAAAUGUGUUUUUGAAUUUGGUCAGUGAAGUGACUGGAGCCCACUGCUCGUAACAUCGAAAGGCUACCAUGGAAGCUAGGCAGUCUACCAGUUUGCUGGUUGCGGUCUCCUACGGGAUUGCUUCAAUGGCUAUGGUGUUCAUAAACAAAGCUGUGCUUAUGCAAUAUUCUCAGUCCAUGACACUGCUCACUUUGCAGCAAUUAGCAUCAACCUUGCUGAUUCACUUCAGUAGGGUACUGGGAUACACUAAAGCCAAAGGAUUCAACGUAGAGACUGCAAAGAAACUUUUCCUAGUUUCCUUGUUCUAUAAUGCAAAUGUAGCAUUUGCAUUAGCCAGCUUGAAAGGAGUAAAUAUUCCAAUGUAUAUUGCCAUCAAAAGGCUUACACCACUUGCUGUAUUAGUAGCUGGAUUCUUUUCAGGGAAGGGAAGACCUACAGCUCAGGUAACUCUUUCUGUAGUGACAAUUGCUGCUGGGGUUCUUGUGGCAGCAGUAGGAGACUUUUCUUUUGAUCUUUUUGGAUAUUGCAUGGGCUUUAUAUCUGUUUUCUUUCAGACCAUGUACCUUGUUUUAGUGGAGAGGUCAGGAGCAGAGGAUGGGCUUUCAUCAAUAGAGAUUAUGUUCUACAACAGCAUUUUGUCUUUACCAUUUCUACUAUUCCUGAUCAUAGCCACUGGAGAGUUUCCAAAUUCGCUGUCCAUAUUAUUUGCAAAGACUACAUCAGUAUCAUUCUUUGUGAUUCUUCUUCUUUCACUUGUGAUGGGCAUAGUCUUGAACUACACAAUGUUUUUAUGUACCAUAGUCAACUCUGCCUUAACUACCACAAUUGUUGGAGUGCUCAAGGGGGUUGGAUCCACGACGCUAGGCUUUGUAUUGUUAGGAGGAGUUCAAGUGCAUGCCUUAAACGUCACUGGAUUGGUGAUCAACACAGCCGGUGGCGUGUGGUAUUCAUGUGCAAAGUAUCAACAAAAGAACAGGCUGCCCAAGUUAAUGUCCGACGUGGAGGUGCAUCGUAAAUAAUACAUAGGCACUGAAUUUGUUGAUUCCAAAAAAGGUUUUAAGUUUUAACCUGCAACUAUUUUUUCUUCUUCUGGUCACAUUUAACUAGCUUCAUAUUGUGCUGGUUCGAUUUAACAUAGUACAGUAAGAGAAUGUAUGUCUUUGCAUUGGAUAAAGAAUUGAUGCACAAUGUGUUGUUUCCCACUAAGAAUCUACAAUGCUUAAUUUAAUAUAGGUUUGGGAUUGAUGCU